AUGGAAGACGAUGUCUCUAAGAAGUUUUCUUCUGGAUUACUGGACCACUAUGAACCGCCACUUAAGAAAAUUGAAAAACAGCUUAUGGAUUUAACAACUAGACAGUGUACAACUCUUACAGAAAUUGAAGCAGAAAAUGUGAAGUUCAAAUCUGUCGAUAUGUCCGAAGUCAACAAUCUGUUUGCAACAGUAAAAGAAUAUCAAUUAAGGCUAAUGAAUGUAAAAAAGGAAAUGAAUCAUCUAACUGAUAAAUCAUUUCAGUUAAAGAAAAGAGCACUUCGGAUACAAGAAAUAAAACAGAGAGAAGCUCUUCAGAACGCUCACUAUCAAGAAGCUCAACAUAAAAGGGAACAAGAUUUAAUAGCUAGGCCUAAUACCAAAUCUAGACAAGGGUCUAAUUCUAAUUCCAAGCAAUAA